GCGGAGGCGCGCGGAGAGAGGGAGCACUUCCACUGCAGCCGCGGGUUAAACUCUUCUCUACAGAGGAUCUGAAUCAAAAACUGUAUGAACUCUUCUCAGAAAAGAGCGGGAAACGGAGACGGUGAAUUUAACCGCGCGCUGCUGUAGGGAAAUGAUGGAGUUACGGAGGAAUUUGGCGCUGAUUUCUCGCGGUUUCUGCGCUCAGAGGCUCUGAACUGCGGCUCAGUUUGAGGAACAGCAGGAGAGAAGAUGGCCAAAAUCUGCACAGAGCGAUCUUACGCCACUCGCAGGUCUGCCUUUACCCCGGAGCCACGCAGCGACUGGACGGAUGGAAAUGACGGGGAUCACCCUUCACAUGGAGCUACUGGCAGAAUAUCCCGGUUUGUGCUGACACUUGGAGGUUGGGUAUCACAUGGCAAACAUUCAGAAAGCAGCUGUUCCAGUGCAGAUGGUUCUGAUGAGGCAGGGAGGGACGAGGGGAACUUAAAUACCACAAAUGGACAAGAUCAACUCCGCAGGAGGAACUUCAAUAAGAAUGUCAGCCCCUGGCCUCUUGCUACUCUAAAUAUGAACAACUGCAACAACACAGACGACAAAAAAGACAACAAGGAGAUAAAGAAAGAUGAUAAGAAACCAGAUGAAAAAAAGGAUGAGAAGAAAGAGGAAAAGAAGGAUGACAAGAAGGAUGAGAAGAAAGACGAGAAGAAGGAUGAAAAAAAGGAUGAAAAAAAAGAUGAUAAAAAGGAUGAUAAAAAGAAGGAAGAGCCACCUAAAGAGUCUUGGAUAAUGGAUCCUGCUUCUGACCUUUACUACCACUGGCUCACGAUUAUAUCAGUACCUGCCUUCUACAAUUUGAUGAUGCUUAUCACCAGAGCCUGUUUCAAUGAGCUUCAGGACAGUUACACCACGGUAUGGAUCACACUUGAUUAUUCAUCAGAUGUCAUCUACUACAUCGACACAUUUGUGAGAUCCAGAACAGGUUUUCUGGAGCAAGGCUUGCUGGUGAAAGAUCGUAAGAAAUUAUGGGAAAACUACAAAAAGACGCCACAAUUCAGAUAUGACCUGGUAUCCAUGAUACCAACAGAUAUAGCAAUGCUGUAUGUGGGCUACAACAAUCCUGAACUGAGAUUUAAUCGUCUUCUGAAAAUGGCUCGGCUCUUUGAGUUCUUUGACCGAACAGAGACAAGGACGAACUUUCCCAACAUCUUCCGCAUUGGCAACCUCGUACUCUAUAUCCUAAUCAUUAUUCACUGGAAUGCCUGCAUCUUUUUUGCUAUUUCCAAAACACUUGGAUUUGGGUCAGACACAUGGGUCUACCCUGACAUCAGUGAUCCCGAACAUGGCCGUCUGGCAAGGAAAUACAUCUACUGCUUAUACUGGUCUACACUUACCCUAACCACCAUCGGAGAGACUCCACCUCCUGUUAGAGACAUUGAGUACUUGUUUGUUGUCGCUGACUUUCUCAUUGGUGUGCUUAUAUUUGCUACCAUUGUUGGUAAUGUAGGUGCCAUGAUCUCCAACAUGAAUGCUUCACGCGCUGAAUUCCAGGCUAAAAUUGAUUCCAUUAAGCAAUAUAUGCAGUUUCGUAAGGUCACUAAAGAUCUGGAGGCUCGUGUGGUCAAGUGGUUCGACUACCUUUGGACGGAGGAGAAGACUUGUGAUGAAAAGGAAGUGCUUAAAUACCUUCCGGACAAGCUAAAGGCUGAGAUUGCCAUUAAUGUUCAUUUGGAAACUCUGAGGAAGGUGCGCAUCUUUCAGGACUGUGAGGCAGGACUGCUCAUUGAGCUUGUGCUCAAGCUUCAACCGCAGGUUUUCAGUCCUGGAGACUACAUCUGCAAGAAAGGCGACAUUGGGCGUGAAAUGUACAUCAUCAAAGAAGGUAAGCUAGCUGUGGUAGCGGAUGAUGGAGUGACGCAGUUUGUGGUGCUCAGUGACGGCGCCUACUUUGGUGAGAUCAGCAUCUUGGGCAUCAAAGGCAGUAAGGCUGGGAACCGUCGUACCGCUAACAUCCGGAGCGUGGGCUACUCAGACCUCUUCGCCCUCUCCAAAGACGACCUCAUGGAGGCCCUGACUGAAUAUCCAGAAGCCAAGAAGGCUCUUGAAGAGAAGGGCAGGGCAAUUCUGAUGAAGGAUGGCUUGAUAGACGAGUCUGCAGCCAAGACAGCGGACGCUAAAGACCUAGAGGACAAAGUGUCCAUGCUUGAGACCAACCUAGAAGUGAUGCAGGCCAAAAUGACUCGUAUAACAGCAGAUUGGGCAGCCAGCCAGGGCAGGAUCAAGCAGAGGAUCAACAACAUGGAAGCCAGAGUGAAAACACUCAGGGAGGAAGACUUGUCUGAGGUGGUGGAGGAUAAGAAGGGCUAAUAGUUCUGUGAAGUAUUAGGUUACGAUAGAAUUCAAGGUCAGAACUUAAUUACAUGAAUACAUUUACUGAACAGCUCCAGUUGGUGUUACCUACAGGUGUAGUGUUAAAGAACUCUGUAGAAGUGCAUUUCUAAAGUAGAGAAUGUUACCACA